GAAAGGAGAGACCCAGGGAAAGGCAGAGAGCAGAGCAGGGACUCCAGGAGAUCAGUGGGCAAGGGCAGAGAGCCACCUGGGCUUGGAUCCCAACGGGGAGAGACGUUUCCCUGACCCCGCUGGGUGAAGCGCACUGCGCAGGAGAUCAGGCGGCGCCACGUGUAUUAAUUAAAAGCCCGGGUAUUUCUCUGCUUGCCCCGUCCACCUGCCCAGUUGGCUCAAGGUCCUGGGUGCGCAGGAGCAUGCUGCUGGCAACACCCCUGCUCCUAGCGACCUGGGUGCUCAGCGCUGUUGACUCUGACCCAGCCUGGAGCCACCCCCGAUCGCUGGCGCUGAAGAGGGACCAGAACCAGGGCUCCCUGGAGGGGGAACCAUGCUGGCUAGGGACCAAGCUCCUGCGAGCCAGGGCCAUCCCGCAGCACCACCCCCGUGCGCUCUACCCGGGCAGAGGCGCGCAAAGCCCGGGCGCGCAGCUCCGCGGAGAGGGGGCGCGCAGCGUAGGCGCCCCAGAGUCUCUCAGCAGCACCGGGUCCACGGGCCAAGACGCCGCGGCGUGGAGUCCCGGGGAAGGCCCGGGCCUGGAGCGGCUCCGGUCCCGCAGGAGCGCGGAGCCCAGCAGCGUGGAGGACACGUGGGAAGAGCCCGAUGACUUGCACCAGCGCGCACGCCCCAGGGCUAGGCCCCGCCAGCUCUCCCGGCGGCGCAGCGGCUCGGGCUGGGGAGGGCCAAGCUCUCCCCCUCCAGGCGGCCUCUCUGCCCUCUACUUCUCCGGGAGCCGGGAACAGCUGCUGGUGCGGCCCGAGGUCCUGCCCGAGGUCCCCAGGGGCGAGUUCACCAUCGAGGUCUGGGUGAAGCCGGAGGGAGGACAAAGCAACCCGGCCAUCAUAGCAGGUGUGUUUGACAAUUGCUCCCACGUGGCCAGCGACAAGGGCUGGGCGCUGGGCAUUCGCACGCUGCAGCACCCAGGGAAGAAGGAUGCCCGCUUCUUCUUCUCGCUCAGGACAGACCGGAUGAGGAGAGCCACCGUGGUGUCUGGCUACCGCCGCUAUCAGCUCAACACCUGGACUCACGUGGCCGCCACGUACGACGGGCAGUGGAUGACGCUCUACCUGGACGGGGUGCGGGUCAGCAACAGCAACUGGCAGGCCGGCGCCCUGCAUAGUCCCUUCAUGGCCUCCUGCCGCAGCUUGAUUCUGGGAGGGGACAGCUCCGAGGACGGGCACAACUUCCGCGGGCACCUGGCGUCACUGGCGCUCUGGAGCGUGGCUCUGCCCCAGGCCAGGCUGCAGCGUGGCUUCUUACAGAAGAGCGAGAGUGGGGAGGCUGCCAUGGUGCUUGGGGCCGGCUUCGCCCACCUGGAGGAGCAGUGGGUGGCUUUCAAGGACGGGGGUUACCCGCUGCUUGAGUUCCUCCAUGCGCCAGAGCCUGAGCUGCUGUCUCCACCGGCGCCCCCGGCCUGCGGGCAAACAGCCUGCGACAACGUGGAGCUGAUCUCCCGCUACAAUGGGCACUGGCCACUGCGCAGCGAGAAGGUGGUGCGGUAUCGGGUGGUCAACGUCCACGACGACCAGGGGCUCCACCCCACUGUCAGCCGGGAGCAGGUGGCACGCCAGCACCAGGCCCUGAGCGAGGCCUUCGCCCGCUACAACAUCAGCUGGCAGCUGAGCCUGCACGAGGUGCACAACUCCUCCCUGCGCCACCGCACCAUCCUGGUCAACUGCGAGCCCAGCAAGAUUGGCAACGACCACUGCGACCCGGAGUGCGAGCACCCAUUGACUGGCUACGAUGGGGGCGACUGCCGCCUGCAGGGGCGCUGCUACUCCUGGAAGAGACGGGACGGUGUCUGCCACAUGGAGUGCAACAACAUGCUGGACGACUUCGACGAUGGGGACUGCUGCGACCCCGAGGUAGCUGACGUCCGGAGGACCUGCUUCGACCCAGACUCACCCCAACGGGCGUACAUGAGCGUGAAGGAGCUGAAGGAGGCACUGCAGCUGAACAGCACACACUUCCUCAAUGUCUACUUUGCCAGCUCGGUGCGGGAGGAGCUGGCAGGUGCCGCCACCUGGCCAUGGGAUAAAGAGGCCCUCAGCCAUCUGGGUGGCGUGGUCCUCAAUCCAGCCUAUUAUGGCAUGCCUGGCCAUACCAACACCAUGAUCCACGAAGUAGGACAUAUCCUGGGACUCUACCAUGUCUUUAAGGGAGUGAGCGAAAGGGAAUCUUGUGAUGAUCCCUGCAGGGAGACUACACCUUCUAUGGAGACCGGAGACCUCUGUGCUGACACAGCCCCUACCCCCAAAAGUAAACUCUGCCGAGAUCCAGACCCUACCAAUGACACUUGUGGCCACACCCACUUCUCCGGAACGCCGUUCAACAACUACAUGAGCUACACAGACGAUGACUGCACGGACAGUUUUACCCCCAACCAAGUGGCUCGAAUGCAUUGCUAUUUGGAUCUGGUGUACCAGCGAUGGAGCCAGAGCAGAAAGCCCACUCCAAUCCCCAUGCCCCCAGUAGUCACUGGGCAGGGCCAAGACUCCCUCACCAUCCACUGGCUGCCUCCCAUUAGUGGCGUUCUCUAUGAAAGGGACCCCAGCACCCUCUGCGGGGACUGUGCUGAAGAUGGUACUUUCAGCCAAUAUGUGCAUGAGGCCUCUUCCCCUCGAGUCUGUGACUCCUCCGGCUACUGGACCCCUGAGGAGGCAGUAGGCCCCCCAGAUGUGGAUCAGCCCUGUGAGCCCAGCCUGCAGGCCUGGAGCCCAGAGCUCCACCUGUACCACAUGAACAUGACUGUUCCUUGCCCCCAGCCGCAUGGUUGUAUCCUGGAGCUGCGUUUCCUGCACCCCGUGUACCCGGAGUCUCUUGUACUGUGGACCACCUACCUCUCCACAGACUCGCCCAAGGCCUUGUCUGACAUUGAAAUCCUGACGGAGCAUGGGGAGUCCAUUCACCUGGGCCCCCUGGACACUUUCUGCGACACCCCCCUCACUGUUAGGCUCAACGUCAACAGGAAGGUGUCUGGGGUAAAGGUCUACACCUUUGAUGAGCGGAUGGAGAUAGAUGCGGCUCUCUUAACCUCCAUGCCCCAGAGCCCUCUCUGCUCCAGCUGCAAGCCUGUGAGGUACAGGAUCCUGCGGGACCCCCCGUUUGCUAGCGGCUCCCCCAUAACGGGGUUGCACAUGCACCGAAAGUUCACCGACACGGAUGUCACACCAGGCCAAUUGUACCGGUACCAGGUGCAGGCCAUGGCUGGGGCAGCUGUGGGAGAACCCUCUCCACCUUUGAUCCAUACCCAGGGCACUCCCUAUUGUGGAGACGGAAAAGUGACCAUGAGCUUGGAAGAGGAGUGCGAUGAUGGAGACCUGUUAGAUGGAGAUGGCUGCUCUGGGAAGUGUAAAAAGGAAAAAGGCUUCAACUGUGUUGGAGAGCCGAGCCUCUGUUAUGUUCACGAGGGGGAUGGAGUGUGUGAGCCCUUCGAGAGGAGAAGUAGCAUCCAGGACUGUGGCCUCUACACUCCCAAAGGGUACAUGGAUCAGUGGGCAGCACAGGCCUACACCUCCCACCAGGACAAGAAGUCAUGUCCUGUUUCCAUGGUGACCGGAGAGCCUGUUGUGAAGGUGUGCACAUCCCAUCUUAAAGAUAUGCCAGAGCAUCAUUCCCUUGCUACUUGGUUCCCUUGCACCACCAGCCGCGAUGAUGCUCAGGUUGCCGAUGGGGAGAAAACGCCCUUGGAUGAUAGAGUUUGGCUCAAAAUUUGCUUCGACAGACCCGGACUGGCCACCUCAGUCUUUAUUUUCCUGGCCUCUGAUGGCGUUGCCCCGGGUGACCAGCACAAGCCGACUGUGACCGUCCAGCUUGGGGAUGAGAGGAGGCACAACCACUCGCUGGGGACGCAUGAACUGUCAUGUCAGCGGAACCCGUUGGUCAUCAAUGUGACCCACAGCCAGGAUUUCCUUUUCCACCGGAUCACCUCGGUGCUGCUCAAUUUCUCCUCCUCGUUAGUGGGCAUCUCAGCCGUGGCCUUGCGGACAUCCUCCCUCCUCAGCUCUUCCGCUCCGAACACCUGCCUCCUGGAACACGAGGGACAUGGCCUCCAGAGACACAGUUGCACCCACCGGACCUGCGGGGAGCAGGGCAGCUGCAUGCCACUGCAGCUCGACCAUGCCUUGGUGAACUGCACGUCCGGUGGCCUGGGACACAUGAAAUGCACUCUUGCCUGUGAGAAUGGAUUUGUCCUCCAGUCCAGCAGCGGGAAGGGUCUGAACCCCAGAGAGAAAGAGUUUCUGCUGACAUGCAACUCCGGGAGGUGGGACAGAUCCGUGACCUGCAACCCCGUGAACUGCGGAGUUCCUGACCAGUCACAUGUGUACUAUGCUGAGUUCUCCUGCCCCACCGGGACCACGUUCCUGGAGCGCUGCUCCUUUGCCUGCAUCAAGCCAGCUAAGCUUCAAGGACUGAGUCAAUGGCUGACCUGCCUGGAGGAUGGGCUCUGGUCACUCCCAGAAGCUUAUUGCAAACUGGAAUGUGAUGCACCUCACGUGGUCGCCAAUGCCAAGCUGUUGGUGCCCCGGUGCCUGCAAGGGAACCACGACGUGGGUUCUGUCUGCCGUUAUAAGUGUAAACCUGGAUACCACGUGGCGGACGGCAUGGAGCGCAAACCCAGAAAAAAGUUAUUGAAGAUCCACUGCCUGGAAAGUGGAGUCUGGGAGGAAGGCAGCUGCGUCCCAGUGCUGUGCGAGCCGCCCCCUCCUGUCUUUGAGGGGAUGUACAACUGUACCCAUGGCUUUGAGCUGGACACCCAAUGUGUGCUCCGCUGCAACCCGCAGAGCAAAAGGGUUCCUAUCCUUUGUACUAAAGAGGGCUUAUGGACAGAGGAGUUUAAAUUGUGUGAGAACCUGCAAGGCAAUUGUCCUCCACCUCCAGAGCUGAAUUUAGUGGAGUACAAGUGUGAAGAAGGCUAUGGCAUUGGUGCAGUGUGCAUACCAUCCUGUAUAAUCCCUCCCAGUGACGCAGUGAUGCUCCCCGAAAACAUGACUGCUGACACUAUGGACCACCGUCUGGAACCUACCAGAGUCCAGAACAUUGUGUGCACUGGUAGGUUGCGAUGGCACCCAGACCCUACAGUCAUUCACUGCAUCCAGUCAUGUGAGCCUUUCCAAGCAGACGGCUGGUGUGACACCAUCAAUAACCGGGCGUAUUGCCAGUACGAUGGGGGUGACUGCUGCUCCUCCACACUGUCCUCUAGGAAGGUGAUCCCAUUUGCUGCUGACUGUGACCAAGAUGAGUGCACCUGCCGGGACCCAGCAGCCGAAGAGAAUCAAACCAAAAGCGAGAUCCAGGAUCUGAGCCAAAGCCCAGUGAACUCAGCAAGGAGGAGUCUUUCCAUUGACUUCAGCCAGCUUUGGAUCAGGCCCUAGAGCCAACAGAUGAGAAGCUGCCAUGGACACUUUAUGUUACUGUAUCAAUGGUUUGCCACCUACGAGUGUCUGUGUUUGCUCUGAAUUUCCUCACUUCUUACUUCCUCUACUGUAUAGGCUUCAUUUAGCAAGGUUGAGGCAGUUGUGAUCUCUCUGCAAAUAUUUAAACAUAAUUUUAUAUAUAUAUAUAUAUUUAUAUAUAUAUAUUAUAUUUUUUUUGCUGUUUAUUAAGCUGAGAAAGAAUACCCUUUGUAACACCCAUGCUGCUGUGAAGUACAACUGUUGGAAAAAGUGGUUGGAGGUUGGUAAAGAAGUGAACUUCCCAUAAUUUGCUGGGAGGGAGAAGGAAACAGAGCGACACCAAGCAGGGCCUUUAAUUCUAAUAGCAGAUGCCUUGCCAGUAACCCAAAAUUAGGGGCAAAUGCUAAGAAGUAUUGAGCACCUACAAAUCCCAGGGACUUCAAUGGGAUUUGAAUGUGCUCAGCUUCAUUCAGAAUUUGGCCCUAAGAAAGUAUUUGAGAUAUGGUUAUCCUUCAGAAUAUAUGACAGUACUCUUGAAUAGCUCUACCAAACACUACAGCUUACUAUAGUGUUACUACAUGAUGGUUAAUCUUGAAUACUAUAGUGCUAUCACUUGAGAAUACUUCACUAUGGCCUAUUACUACAGAAUUUUCUAGGGUGGUUCAUUAUGCCAGAAUACUCUAGUAUGUUCCAGUGUUCUAGAAUACUCUCAUAUGGUCCAUUACUCCAGAAUUUUCUAGUAUGGCUUGUUAUUCCAGAAUACUCUACUAAGGGCCAUUAUUCUAGAAUACUCUCGAAUGAGCUGUCUCAGACUGUGUUAUCAUCCUAGUCACUCCUUUGUUCACAUUAUCUUUCUCCCCCUUCAGUUGUUGGUGACCUGGGUUGGAAAGGAAAGUGUAAGAGCCAGACAACCAAGAACGUCCCAUCCAUAAAGAUAAGGUCCAUUUUCCUUAAAACCUCCUCUCUGGUCAUGGGAUCUCCAUGAUACAAACAUGGUAUUGGCAACUUCUCAGAGGACACUUGGGAGAUGCUGCAUUAGCUUAAACCACUUCCCAGGAGAAUUUUUGUGUCUUUUCCUUUUUUUUUCCUUUGGGGUUCAUUUUUCUGAUCUUCAUUGCCCUUAGCUUAUACCGUAAAAUAUCAAGAGAUCUCUUAGCCUGACCUCUCCCUUCCGUAGGUCACCAGUGAAAUAAUUCACAUGAGUUUCUAAUGAAGUAUGAUCCCAACCAACAACGUUUGGAUCCAGAACCAGUCUUCCUGGAAGUUCACAUAAGUGGGUUGGAAUCAGCUCAUGGGAGACAGAUGCCAGACUUGGGACUUAGAGCCAGCUGUGAAUUUCCCCCAGUGUUUGAGAUUUUUCAGAUCUGGGGUUUCGAUGAACCCCCUUUUAAUUCAUAACAGAUUUUUGGAAUCACUUUGCAGAGGGAGGGAGGCAGGUAAUUGAAGAGAAAUGGAAAAGAGGGGUUGAGGGGAGGAGAGAAAGGGGAUAGAAAGAUGGGGAAAGAGGAGUAGGGAGAGAAAAUGUGACUGUCUCAAGGUCUCUCUGCUGUUGGAUUAGGGCUGAGGAAAGAUCCAGCCAGAGAUUUUCCUUUGACAGUGGAAGGUUGGAGGAAUGGAGCAAGCUGUGAAGCCAGUCUUGACCAGGCCCAUUUCAAUGUGGAAACGCUCCUCUCCUCCGGCUGAGGAGCAUCUGGAGGGAGAGUGACUCAGUAGGGAGACCAGGGAAUUUCAAAGGCCAGCAUGCAGUUUCUGUGAUUUUUGGCUCUUGCUGGUCUGUUUGUCAGGCCUGUCAAAAGGGGUCCUUAAGGGUAAACCCCCCUGCUCUACUGUGUGGGACCCUACAUCAAGUCCCAUGUCUUGGUCUCUCUCCCUUCCCUGAGCUGGGAGCGGCAGAAUCCAUGCGCAGCUCCAGGGGAUAGGUGGAAGGCGAGUCAGUGUGUCACUUCACUCAACAGUAGGGCUUCUCAAAACGUUUCUGUUGAAAUUGCUUAUUUGAUGAAAAAUUGAGGUUUUAACUAAGCAGAAUAUUUCACAGAAAGGGUCUGCUUUCUGUGGAAAAUUUUGACUAAACACCUGAAAACCAAAAAGUUUGCAGUUUUCAGCCAAAAUCUGAAAAAUUUUGAUUUGGAAAUCCUGUUAUGGUGCCUCAUGCCCCCAUUCUUCUCCAUGGCCAGGCCCCCAGCUGGACUACAUAUCCCAUGAUGCACUGUGGUGAGGGACUCUUCGGAUAUACCACAGUGGCUCAGCAAGAGGGCAGAUUGUAGUGCAUCAUAGGAGAAGGAGGUUAGAACAUAAGAACGGCCAUACUGGGUCAGACCAAUGUCUAUCUAGCCCAGUAUCCUGUCUUCUGACAGUGGCCAAUGCCAGAUGCUUCAGAGGGAAUGAACAGAACAGGACAAUUAUUGAGUGAUCCAUCCCCUGCCGUCCAGUCCCAGCUUCUAGCAGUCAGAGGCUUAGGACACCCACAGCAUGGGAUUGCAUCGCUGACCAUCUUGGCUAAUAGUCAUUGGUGGACCUAUCCUCCAUCAACUUAUCUAGUUCUUUUUUGAACCCUCUUAUACUAUUGGCCUUCACAACAUCCCCUGGCAACGAGUUCCAUAGGUUGACUGUGCUUUGUGUGAAGAAGUACUUCCUUUUGUUUGUUUUAAACAUGCUGCCUAUUUAUUUCAUUGGGUAAACACUGGUUCUUGUGUUAUGUGAAGGGGUAAAUAACACUUCCUUAUUAAUUUUCUCCAUACCAUUCAUGAUUUUAUAGACCUCUAUCAUAUCCCCCCUUAGUUGUCUCUUUUCCAAGCUGAGCAGCCCUUGACUUUUUAAUUUUGUCCUCAUAUCAAAUCUGUUCCAUCCCCCUAAGGACGCUAUAUCCACUGGAUCACCCUUGUCAACGUUUGUUGACACCCCCCACCCCACCCCAACCAAAGAAUUCUAAUAUAUUGGUGAGGCAUUAUUUCCUUUUACAAAAGCCAUCUUGACUCUUCCCCAACAAAUCAUGUUCAUCUGUGUCUGAUAAUUCUGUUCUUUGCUAUAGUUUCAACCAAUUUGCUUAGUACUGAAGUUAGACUUACUGGCCUGGAAUUGCCAGGUUCGUCUCUGGAGCCAUUUUUAAAAAUUGGCGUCACAUUAACUAUGCUCCAGUCGUCUGGUAGAGAAGCUGAUUUAAAUGAUAGGUUACAUAUCAUAGUUAGCAGUUCUGCAAUUUCAUAUUUGAGCUCCUUCAGAACUCUUGGUGAAUACCAUCUGGUCCUGGUGACUUAUUACUGUUUAAUUUAUUAGUUUGUUCCAAAACCUCCUCUACUGACACCUCAACCUGGGACAGAUCCUCAGAUGUGUCACUUAAAAAGAAUGGCUCAGGUGUGGGAAUCCCCCUCACAUCCUCUGCCGUGAAGACCAGGAGCUGAGCCCAUAGAAGAAUGUGGGGGCAUGAGGCCCCUGAACUACAAUUCCCGUGAGGCACCACAAUGGUAUUUCUGAAUCAUAAUUUUUCUGGUUUUUAGCCAACAAUUUUAGAUUUUUGAAUUUUUGCUGGAAAGUUGAAAUUUUGCAAGGAAAGAAUUUUUUUCCAAGCAGCCCUACUCAACAGCCAUAUAAGGAGCUGUGCUGAUGGGCCCAUGCACUCUUCUAGAUGUCUGAUGCCUUUAGAAUAAGGGGAAGGGGCUAAAAAGUGGGGAAUCCUCUGAUAAGAAGCUUCCUCUUUGACAACGGCUCAGUGUCAAGUCCCCUCUUCAAAACAAGCUGCAAGAAGAGCGAGGGGUAGAUGCAGCCCUGGUGUAAGUGAACAGAACUCCACUGAUGUCAAUGGAAUGACUGCUGCUCGCACCAAGGCUGAGUCUGGCUCAGAAUGAGAACCCAAACUCGUGAAGGUUGUGCAGGACAUGCAUUCUGCACCCUUCUGGUUUGAUGGCAGAGCGCCAUAUGAGGCUGCUUGCAUGUUUCCUCAGCGUUCAAGCUGCCACGUCCCUUUGGUUCAUGCAUUGUGAUUAUGCAAGGCCCCAAUUCUAGCAGGAAACACUGCAGUGAGACCAGAAACCAAGUUCAGAUCCUUGCCACAGGGGCAGUGACAUGCCAACAAAGGGGUCAUUGCAGCUAGAAUGCUGUAGGCCCAGUUACCGUGGCACAAUUCCACUUGCUUCAGCAGCACUUGCCCUGGGGUCACUGAGAGCAGAGUUUAGCAGGGUAUUGUUGUUUUUGAAUCAGCACUAAUCUGUAGUGAUGAAUGAAUUUUGGCAUCACGGGUUUGGAUGAACACCCAGAGAAGGGGAUGCCUAUCAUAACCUCUUUGUUCUGUAGCAUUUAGCUGGGAAUCUCUUGGGAACAGGCUCUGCUGUGAGAUUUUCAGGACAGCAAAACCUUGGUUAACUGAACUCACCAGAGGUCAGUAAUGUCCCCCAGGUUUGAAGCUGCUAAGCAGCAUUCAGGACCUAGUGCUGCCCAAACAGAGACGUAGCUGAUGAUAGGCUCUGAGGGCAGCUGGAGUGGCCCUGUGUGCAGGCUGGGGACUGCAGAAAUGCUGCUCAGGAUGUGUGGAGUAAGGGUGACACUCAGUGGGGAGAUGGGAGAAUUUCAAAUAUCUGCAUCCUACUGCCUCUGCCCUUCCCAGCCUGACUUCAAUAGGAGCUGCAGGUGCCUCUGAAAACCAGGCCACCAAUGUAGGUGGGGAAUUUUAGGCUCUCGGGUUUGAAAAGCUUUGCCUUAUGGACUAGCCCCGGGUCCCACUGCUGAUGGGAGUGUUUGUCAGAUGCAUGCUGUGGGCAGAUGCUAGCUAACGUUACACAGUAGGCACAGAGAAGAGUAUUCUGGCAAAAGGGGAUGCCAUGGGGUGGGAAAGCUGUGUGGAAUACCAGGGUGAGAGCAGCUGAGGACAGAGCUGAUGGGAAUUCCAAUAGAGAGUUUGCUUCUCGUGAAUCAAUAGCUUUUAUGUAACAAGAAUCUCAUUCUUCUGUAGUAACACUGAGCGUUUUGUUGCCUUAGGGUUUCAUUCACAACUGAGACUGCUGCUAUUUUUGUUUUUUUGUAUUUGAUAAUUAUUUUUUAUAAAAAUCUAUGGAAAUAAAUAAUCUUCUCAUCUUC